UUUAUUUUAAAAUGAAACCCGGAAGUAAUUUCUUCUCCAGCGUGAUGCGCUGUUUAACGUUACAAAACACAUGCGCUUGUUUCGGUAUUUGUAGAAAAGCUCGUAAAGAAGUUAGAUAAUGUUUUAAAGGAGUGGAGUAGUGGUUUAAACUCGCGUUAGCACUCCAGGUUGAUGACAGACAGACAGACAGCCAUGGAGGUCCUGAAGAGAGCCCCCGUGCUGGAGGACGCGCUUCAGUACCGACUCUUUCUGCUCCAUCCCGAGCCUCUGGAUGCUCAGGAGAAGCAGCGGCUCCUGCUGCGGCUCCUGGAGGAUGUCCUGGCCGAGCUCGCUGCUCUGCUGGUGGGCUACAUUUGGCAGAAGCAGCCGUUUAAUCUGAGCUUUCAUCCUGAGAAAGGGGGCGUCCCGGCUCACCUGGGCGGCAGCACGGAAUUCGGCGACAAUGUUGAAGACGAGUGGUUCAUCGUUUAUCUGCUCAAGCGCAUCACACACACGUUCAGCGAGCUGGCUGCCAGCGUCCAGGACAACGACGGACAGUUCCUCCUGAUCGAGGCGGCCGAGUACCUGCCCAAGUGGCUCGACCCCGACAGCAGCGAAAACAGGGUGUUCCUGUACCAUGGAGAGCUGCACAUUUUGCCCAAUCGUGUGCGUGCUGGAGAAGCGGGAUGGCCUCGGGACUCUGUGCCGUCAGUACAAGAGGCUCUGGAGGUGCUGCAGACACACAGCGAGCGCUGCAUGGCUGAUCGGCGCAUCCGUGCCGUAGUAGAGCGUCGACUGCAGGGGUACCCAGGUAAAAUCCAGACCAGCCUCCAUCAUGCACAUUGUUACGUACCUGCAGGUGUUGCAGCGGUGUUGUCACGGCGACCUGACCUCGUGGCUCCAGCUGUUUCUGCAUUUUACCUGCGUGACCCCAUUGACCUUCAGGCCUGCAGAACUUUCCAGAACUUUCCCCCUGAAUCCAGAGUCCUCACACUGGUGACGUUCACUCGUUGUCUUUACGCUCAGCUGCAGCAGCAGAGUUUCGUUCCUGACAGGAGGAGUGGAUUUACUCUGCCGCCUCCAUCACACCCUCAAUACAAAGCUCACGAACUCGGCAUGAAACUGGCGCACGGUUUUGAGAUCCUGUGCAGUAAAAGCGGGCGCACAGCGACGAACUCUGAUGCUCCAGUGAACGCUAAUCCGCUCUGGAGAGGUUUCCUGGACAGCCUGAAGAGGAACGAUUACUUUAAGGGGGAACUGGAAGGCUCGGCGCGCUACAGAGAGCUCACGAAGGCAGCCGAGAGUUUCUUCACGCAGUCGCUCCCCAGCGCACAGAGUUGUGCGCAUGGUCCAGGUGAGGAGGUGUUGCAGGUGUUAGAGAGCGCCCCCUACAGUCUGGAGGAACUGAAGAAACAAGAAGCUCACCUUCCAUCAGAAGACAGUGAUGACUGGUUAAACAUCACCCCUGAUGAGCUAGAGAGGUUGCUGGAGGAAAGAGGGGGUCAGAGGUCAAGUAAGGGUCAAGGAGUCGCGUGUGGAGCAGGAAGGAGUGAGGAUGAGGAGAAGCAGCAGGAGGAAGAGGCCGGGUACACUCUAGUGGCUGUGACACAGGGGAUGAAGGACUUCAUAAACGCUAUGUCGUCACAUGAAGGAGCUGAAUUCCCACGCUCGUGUUUGUCGGAGCCGUUCAGUUUUGACCCUGAUGCAGUGACGAGUGCUCUGGACAGACUGCUUGGUGGUAAAGAUGAGGAGCUGGACUCUGAUGAUUUAGACGAUGACGACGAUGAUGAUGAUGAUGAUGAUGAAGCAGAGGAAGAAGGAUCUGAAGAGCAGACAGGAGCAGAGGCGUUGGACAAUCUGAGGAGAUACAUGGACGAGAUGGACCAGGAGCUUCAAACCACGAACGUCGGACAGAGUUUCACGUACAACAGCAAACAGGGCGGCGAUAUGAGACCAGAUGCAGCAGGAAGCUCUGCGCAGACAGAAGACGAUUUCCAGCCCUUAGACGUGGACGUCAACCUGGUAACCAACUUGCUCGAGUCGCUAUCCUCUCAGGCUGGUCUCGCCGGACCCGCUUCAAAUCUGCUGCACAGCCUCGGCCUGCGCCUGCCCCCUAACGCCGAUCCCUCCUGAGGCCACUCACCUGAACCAGCUGGAAUAGCACUUAUAUACAGGAGAGAUGGCGCAUCACAUCUCAAGUCUUUACUAGGAAAUUCCAAAUAUUAGCAAUAUAUUUAUAAUGCGUUUAACACUGUAUACUCAUAUUCAAGUGUAUUUUUGUACAGGAUGUCAAAUAAAAACAGUUUUGUAAA